CAGGUUGCGGCACACCUCCCCUGCAUCCAGAGAGAAGCUAGCCUCUGAUUCGGCACCGUUGUCAUACCCAGGCAGAAAUGGAAGAUUCCAGCUGUGAACAUUCCUGGGAAGAGCAGUGUGUUGGGCAUCCUGGGAAGGAGAUGGAGCAUUCUGGACACCCUGGGAAGGAGAGUGACAGCAGGGAGACCCAGACAACAGACAUGGGCCUGCAGCAGGAAACGUGUGAUGUGAACUUUCCCCAACCUGACAACACAUCAACCUCACAGGUACAGGAAAGUAAAUGUGAUAUGGGAAGGCGUGUGGUUGAACACACUGGUGAGAAACCCUACAUGUGUGGGGAGUGUGGAUACAGGGCGACAAAAAAGUCUCAUCUAACCGAACAUUUGAGAAUUCAUACGGGAGAGAAACCCCAUAUGUGUGGGGAGUGUGGGUACAGGGCAGCAAGAAAGUCUCACUUAUCCGGACAUAUGAGAAUCAACACAGGAGAAAAACCCUACAUGUGUGACCAGUGUAACUAUUCUGCUGCACAUAAGCGGAGUUUGGAGCAACAUGUUGCAAAACACGGUGGAGUGGCCAUGUUAACUUUGAUCUGUACGUACCUGGUCUCGAUAACUUCUCUGUAG